AUGUCAAGCAUUAUCACGAGUGCCGCUGGUGCUGGUGCCGGACAUAGGGCAGUGGGAUCAUUGGUGGAUACCACCGUGGGACGCCAACCGCCGCCACCGCCGCCUCCGCAGGUCGAAGAUGUCGCCGAAGAUGGGGACGGCAUGCGGGUACCUGGUCUAGAACUCUCGCCCGUAUCGUCCGAAGCAUCGUUCGAAAGCGAUACCGAUGACAAGCAGGGCAGCGAAGUGCCAAAGACUCCACAGACGCCCGCCUCGCCCGCGAUGUCCCACAGCUCUGAUCUUGAUUGCCCCUAUUACCUCUCCCAAGCAGUUCCCCAGGCUCACCCCACCAUCCCGGGUCUGACGAGGAUGGGGUUUGUCAAAUGGAUGACCAUCAACAUUCUGGCCUAUCCGGACCAGGAGUCUCGCCGUUUUGCCCUUCUGCUGCCCGAUCUUGCCCCCCUGCAUGUCAUAGGUCCUGAUGGCGCACAGGAGUGUCUCCCAUAUACGCUGCCGAGAAACCUUUUUCCUGCAACACAUGAUAAGAAGGUGCGCCGGCUGCUAGAUGAGGCGAUGCUAGACUGUCUAGAGGAUCAUGACGUCUCGUCACCACUGCCUGCGGCGAGGAGUUACGAAGUGACUCCUGUUAUCGCCCAGGGGUCAGGUUCAGAACAGGGGCGGUUUUGGGGGCGGGCAAACUUCGAAGCAUCAGGCGUCAGCACGGCGCAGCGAAGUUUCGUCACACUGCCGCCACCGCCAGUAGGGCAACACAGUACGCGGGCCAAGAGUCCUGUGGCUGCGGAUCGGUGCAGUGCAAGCGUGCCUAACAUGGAUAGGUUUGCGGAUGCAAUGAACCUUGUGAGGAAGGGGGACACAGGGAUUGUCUCGCGUAAAACGAGCGGAAUAGAGACUAUGGUCAGGAAAGGGGAAGGGAAAAGGAGAGGGAAAGUCUUGUUCUUAGCGAGCCAAACCCGGAGAAAUUCGUACCAAGAUGGGCAAGGAAGACGUGAUGCAGGGCGUCGAGGGAGGUUCUGA